UUGGUCUGUUCACAUCUAUCUAUCUAUCUAUCUAUCUAUCUAUCUAUCUAUCUAUCUAUCACACAAAGCGGAAAAUCGCGUGCAUUCGCUUUGCAUUGUGGGAGUUUGUGGCGAACGGAAGUAGUGCCACGUCGUCUGCAUGGCGCAUGUGCGGCAGUGUCCAGUUCCGGCGUGCCCCCCCCUCCUGUCAUCAAAGACCACGGAAAGCAUCACCGUUCCAUAGAUUCUCCUGUUAUGAUGUCAGCUCCUCCAAUGGCUAUGAAGGGUGCUCCACCCCCGGGAUCAUUUGGUCAACCUCCUAAUGCACCUCCCCCACAUUUCCAAUCAAGGGUACCAGCACCUGGUGGUUCCCAACCUCCACCACCCAUGCAGUCACAACAAUGGGGUUCUUCACAGGUUCAACAUCAACAGCUGUCAAAUAACUUUAAUGGAAUUAAUGCACCACCAUCAGGGCCAUCUUCUAUGACCAUAGCUCCUCCAAUGGGAGGUGGACCCCCUAGAAACUCAGUGGGGCAAUUAAAUAACACUCCCACUUUAAAUCAAUCCAUUCAGUCUCCAUUACAGCAGGGGUCACCUGGCGGCCUUAGAAUGUUUGCUCCUCCUCUUUCUGUUGGUCCUCCUCCACCCCUUUCUGUUGGUCCACCUCUUUCUGUUGGUCCUCCUCCUUUGUCAGUGUCAUCACCACCUCUACUCAAUGGGCCAAGCAGUAUGCCUCCUCAAUCUGUCACACUUUAUGCUAAUACGACUACUUCUGCUAUGGGAACACCUCAAGGCCCUCUCCUGACAAGCAUGAGGCAGCAGCCACACUCACCUGCACAGAUGCAGCAUCAGCCACCACUACAAAUGCAGCAACAACUACCACCACCCCCAUCCCAGCAACAGCCACCACCACCUGCUUCACAGCAGCAACAAAUGUAUAAUGUAAGAGCUCCACCCCCUGGGGGUACAAUUGGUGUCGGGCCUCCUCCUAUGAACAAAAGUCCUCGACCUCCAAUGCCAGGCACAGGCAUGGGAGGUAUUGGCCCUCCGCCUAGAGGACCAGAUCCUCAGUUCCGAAAUAGUCCUGGACCAACUCCUCCUGGCAUGGAACACGCAUCACCAGCAGGAAACUAUUUGCAAGGGGGUGCUACCACACCCAGUAUCAUCACCACUUGCGUCUUGAGCCACAACACAAGCGGAGACACGGAUGAGUUGCCUGCUCCUUACCAUGGACAAGCCCAGUAUUCACAUCAAAUCAAAGCCUCCAACUUUCUGUUGAGUACCGGCAACUCAGGACCCCCAUCACAGAGAUCAUCCAGGGCCCCAUCUCCCAUUGCUAAUCAAUCGUAUGAUGCGCUAGAGGGUCAGUUCACAUGUGGAGGGCCACCACCAAUGGUACCACAAGGUCCACCUGCAGUACCUCCUCAGGGCAUGCCUGGACCUCCGCCCAAGCAGGGAGGAAUUACUGGAAAACGCCAAUACCCUCAGAUGCCUUCUAUGACGUCUCCACCAGCCUCCUCAGUUCAGACGUAUUCUGCAGUAACAGCUGGUAUGCCUCCUCCACCCCAAACUGGAAUGAAUCAGUCCUACUCUAGUGAUCCCAUGGCCACACAGCCACAGUCCCCACAACAAGCCAUGCCAUACUCCAGUCCUGGAAACAUGGCAAAUUUGAAUGCAAAUUUCAGUAACCUUAACACACAGGACUACAAUGAUGUCAUUGAUCUGAUGCAACAGCGCCAGUUGAUUGGAGCUGAAGGAGUGGAGACACCAGCCAACUGUUUACCCAAUGAAUUUAGUAAAUCCAAUGUUAGUCCUGAAAUAUUCCGCUGUACAUUGAUGGCUAUACCUCAAACUUCUGCAUUAUUAAACAAAUCUCGCCUGCCAUUGGGAGUUAUCAUCCAUCCAUUUAAGGAUCUUACACAGCUGCCUGUGAUAACGUCCACUGUGAUUGUCAGGUGCCGUACCUGCCGCACCUACAUUAACCCAUUCAUCAGCUUUGUGGACCGCACACGAUGGAAGUGUAAUCUUUGUUAUAGGGUCAAUGAUUUACCAGAAGAGUUUUCUUUUGAUCCUGUAUCCCGGACUUAUGGAAAUCCUCAACGCAGACCAGAAGUCCGUUCAUCAACAAUUGAGUUUAUUGCUCCUUCGGAAUAUAUGUUACGACCACCACAGCCAGCCGUGUAUCUGUUUGUGUUGGAUGUUACAUUCAAUGCAAUUGGCACAGAUUAUCUUUCAAUUGUAUGUAAAACACUGCGGUCUGAGCUAAGCAAAUUACCUGGAGAUUCUCGUACCCAAAUUGGUUUUAUUGCAUUUGACCAAGCACUUCAUUUUUUCAACUUGGCCGAAGGUCUUUCUCAGCCUCAAAUGCUUACAGUAUCAGAUAUUGAUGAAAUCUUUUUGCCACUCCCUGACAGUUUGCUGGUGAACUUGCACGAGAGCAGGGACCUUGUACAGGAUUUAUUGUGCCAGCUACCUCAACUGUUUGCCAAUAAUAUGGAAACUGGAAAUGCUCUUGGAGCGGCCCUGCAGGCCUCGUUCAAGCUCCUCAGCCCAACUGGAGGAAGAGUCACUGUAUUCCAAACCUGUCUACCAACUGCUGGGCCUGGGGCCCUUCAAAUGAGGGAAGACAGCAGUUCUAACAAGGCAGGUAAUAAGAAUAUACCUCACCUUGGACCUGCAACAGAUUUUUACAAGAAAUUGGCACUUGAUUGUUCUGCUCAGCAAAUAGCUAUGGAUGUUUUUAUGUUGAAUGGUCAAUAUGCUGAUCUAGCCACUGUUGCUUGUGUCUCUAAGUAUUCAGGAGGCUGUUUGUACCAUUACCCAUCAUUCCACACUGCAAAGAACCCUGGUUUAAUUGAUAAAUUUGAGACAGAUUUGGCUCGCUAUGUGACACGCAAGAUUGGCUUUGAGGCUGUGAUGAGAAUUCGUUGCACAAGAGGUUUAAGCAUCCAUACAUUUCAUGGAAACUUUUUUGUUCGGUCAACUGAUUUGUUAUCUCUGCCCAACAUCAACCCUGAUGCUGGCUUUGGAAUGCAAGUAUCAAUUGAGGAUUCUUUGACCGAAAACAAUACAGCUUGCUUCCAGGCUGCACUGCUCUAUACUUCAAGUAAAGGUGAGCGCAGAAUUCGAGUGCAUACUUUGUGUCUGCCUGUGACAACUGAACUCAGUGCAGUACAUGCAGCCGCUGAUCAGCAAGCUAUUGCUGCCCUCCUUGCUAAAAUGGGUUUCUCCCUAGGUGAUGCCCGUGAUGCUCUCAUCAAUGCUGGAGUGGAUGCUCUUUCUUCCUUCAUUUCCUCCCAGCCUUCUACUGGCAGAUUGGGCAGUUUACCCUGCCCAUUUGCUCUGCGCUUGUUACCUUUAUAUAUCUUGGGGAUGUUGAAGAGUAAGGCAUUCCGGGGAUCACAUGUCAGCUUGGAUGAACGAGUAUUUGCCAUGGAGCAAUGCAAAACAUUACCAAUGUGCUACCUUCUACAGAAAAUAUAUCCCAGUCUCUAUCCUCUGCACAAUUUAGAUGAUGAGCACAUGACAGAACGAAAUGGUAUCAAUGUGCCAUGGGCACCGAUCCUUCAAUUAACAGCAGCCAACCUUGACAGACAUGGUGCCUACUUGUUAGACUCUCUUGAUUCUAUGGUCUUGCUUGUAGGGGGCGCCAUCAGUGAUCAGUUUUGUCAAGAUGUUUUUGAUGUUCCUAACUUCUCCUCACUUUGUGAUGGAAUGACGACUUUGCCUGAGAAAGAAAACCCAAUGUCAGAAAGAGUGCGUACAUUUAUCUACAGUUUAAUGGAUGCUCGUCCUAAUGGCACCACAUUUAUCAUUUUGAGGGAAGACAGCAAACGGAAACACUUGUUUUUCCAGCAUUUUGUUGAAGAUCGGACAGAAUCAACAAUGUCCUAUUAUGAAUUCAUCCAACAUAUUCAGAAGCAAAUAUCUCGAGUGCAACUUGCACACAUCACUUGCAACAACAUCUCUUUCUUUUCCUUUGAUCCUCUAUUCUCUCCUCUCUCUUCCUUUCUCUCUAUCUUCCUCUUUUAA